GGGAGCAAAAUGCUUAUUACCACAGAGAUGAAUAUGGUUGCUCAUUUCCCACAAUGAUUCACUACUGGAGACAGAGAUGGCACGAGGGGACAGGGGGACAGACUGAACCCGUCUUCCCAUUUGGUUUUGUGCAACUUUGUGUUCGUAACGAGCCGACAUGGAUGGACGAUGGCUAUUAUUCCACCAUUAGAUGGCACCAGACUGCAGAUGUUGGUUACGCUUCAAAUGAUAAGAUGCCAAACACAUUCAUGGCUGUAACCAUUGAUUUGCCCGACAGUGGAAUACCUUUUAACAGUCCACACACACGAGAUAAAGAAGAUGUUUCAAUGCGCUUAGCUAACGGAGCUUUGAACAUUGUUUAUGGCUACAAUGUUCCUGCUGUGGGUCCAACCCCAGAGGUAAUCUACCAGAGGUCUCUGACUGAGCUACAGAUUGAAUACAGCAACAGUCAAAAUUUGGUCCUGACCAGCACAGAAAAUUUUCAGGUUUGCUGUGAUCCCGAUGUAUGCCCUGAAAGUGAGGCAUACAAUGGCCCAACAUGGCAAAAUACAACUGUUAGCUCAUGGGACCUUCAUUCACUCAGAGUGAAUAUCACUGUAUGCAUGAAACAACAUGUUAAUGCCGUGCGGUAUGCAUGGACCGUUACCCCAUGCCCUUUCAAAAAAUGUCAGAUUUACAAUGACAAGGGCCUGCCUGCCCCACCUUACAUAUUUUAUUGUUAAAGUUAUUGAAUAAUCUUUAAAUGAUUUAUCAUUGAAAUUCUGUUUAAUAUUAUAUCGCCAUUCAGUCAUUUUAAUUGUUUGUGUUCCCGUAUAUGACAUGGCUCUCCGGGUGACCUGAAAGCUAAAUUUUAUUUUUAUAAUUGGUAUAACCACAAUAAUCAUAUUAGUUGUGUGAAUUAUACAUAUUCAUGGUCUACCUCAAUACACCCAAUAAAGUAGUGUAGACACUUAGAUUCCAGAUAAAAAAAAUUCAGUGUGUUAUAAUAUUCGAUUGUUUGGUGGGCCAGAAAGAUGUUUUACAAAAUUUAUUAUGUUAGCUGCCUGUGGUUUGUCUUUUUGUAGCAUUUUUCACCUUAGUUUUUCUUUGAUUAUGCAUUUUUCUAUAUGUAGUAAAGAUCAAGUUCAUGUAUUGCAUUGUAUGGAAAUUCUUAUGCAGAAUCUUCCCUUUUGAUUGCACUUUUGCUCCAAAUUUUAUCAUUCCAAACUUUUGUAAAUGAUUUUCAUUUAUUUAUAACAUAACGUUUCAACUAUGAUUUAG